AUGUUGCCAUGGAGCAGACCGGAGGCCUUGCUCCAGCUCCGUGCGGUGGAGCCCCACGAACAGAUCUUGCGAGCCAAGGUGCUGAGCAACCUUGGCCAGUGCUUUCUCGCAACGGAGGAGUACGAGGAGGCGGAGAAGCACUACUCAGAGGCCUAUGACCUGUUUGCGAGCACGGUGGGGAAGCGCUCCCCUCUCUUCGGCAUGCAGGCCUGGGCCUGUGGCAACCUGCGCAUGGCCCAGCGCCACUUCGCCGACGCGGCCUUCUUGCUGGGGGAGGCGCUGUAUGUGGAGGUUGUCAAGGAUGGCCUGUCUGUUUCGGAGAUGGCAAAGCUGAUGGAUCAGAUCUUGCACUGCAUGGACCAGCUCCGCAGUGGGGACGAGGCUCUUCACACUAUUGCCAAUCUGGAGCCUGUCAAGCGUGCCCUCAACGAUCUCAUCGAGGACCCAAGAUGGGAUGAGCUUGAUGAGACGCUGGACCUUGCGGUGCUGAGCCACAAGAUGGCGCUCGUUUACGUCGCGGCGAGAUGGCCCGGCGGCUGCGAGGAGCAAGCCGCCUCGUACUUCAAUGCCAGGGCCGUGGCAGUGCUGAAACAAAGCGAUGCCAGUGAGGCACGGCAGUGGUUGCUGCAGGCGCAGGCCAUUCAAUCUAUUCAAUCUGCUGUCCUUGGACACGCACGGACCGGACAGCAGUGA